AUGCCCAUCCGGCUAAGGAUGCGGCCGCAGGCCGUUAGGGACCUCAGCCCCGUGUCUGCGAGAUAUGAUUUUGAUAUGCCAGAAAUUGCCGAAGACGACUCAUUUCGCGACGUUGUCAAGAAACUUUCCCUCUACUUUGCAGAUGUCAUCGAGCUACCAAGCACAUUUGAGCAGCUCAGGACGACGGAGGCAGGAAAUUGUGUCCGUGUCUUAGUUGAGCACCUCAGCCUGAACUGCACCAACCCCGCUAUUGUGAACGCCCUGCUCGCCCUGAAAUGGCAUUAUGCCGCCGCAAACGAACACUUGAGUAUAAGUGAGACUCGCUCGUUUGCUUGCGAGAUCACGGCAUGGCGAUUUCUCACCAGACUUAGUGAAAGACAGGCAGUCGACUUUUGCCUGCAUGAGAUACCUGUGUCUCCGGUGCAUGAACACGAUUCGCAACAGGCGAGCCAUGAUCAAGAAGCUGGGGAGGCCUCCCCUCUUCUGAUUCGUAGGACCUCUUGUGACGAGGAGUUACCAGCCAUUGUCGUUGGAAGUGCCAGGAAGCGAACGAAGAUGCUAACCUCUCUUUCACGCCUGACGCAUCUGGGUGACGACAGUGACGACGAGGCGGACCCAACAGCAGCUUUUAAGAGUUUGAAUGCCUUGGAGAUCGCUGCAAUUGCCAACGCAAAACGUUUCCUCAGUCAACAUGUAGUCCAAAAGAUCAUCACUGGCAUCUGGAACGGCGAUGUGGUAUUCUGGGACACCCUCUCGGUCAACUCCGUGAAAAAACCACGCUAUUAUAACCCGCACACCUCAGAUCCGUUCUCACGACUUCGUGUGCCGAAAUACCUCAAGGCCUGGGAAGUUCUCUUCUUCGUCGUCUUUCUAUGUCUUUAUUACUCGGUUCUCAUCACCCGCGAUGACACUCGAAUUACAGUGACAGAGGUGUUUCUUUUUAUUUGGAUAGCAGCCUUCUUCUACGAUGAACUGAGUGAAUGGAUUGAUGCCGGCUCAAUCUUCUACGCCACAGACAUAUGGAACGUGUUUGACAUGAUCAUGAUCCUGAUUGGAUUUCUGUUUGCUGGUCUAAGAAUAAUCGGGCUCGCCAAACAUAAUGUCACCAUGAAUGAGAUGGCGUUCAAUGUUCUGUCUCUCGAGGCUCUUUUCAUGAUGCCGCGAAUUUGCUCCAUUUUGAGCUUGAGCCCAUACUGGGGAACUUUGAUACCUUGCCUGAAAGAAAUGGGAAAGGACUUUGUGAAAUUCAUGGUACUGGUUGUCAUUGUUUACUUUGGCUUCCUGACCACCUUUUCUCUUAUUGGCCGUGAUGCCUUCACCUUUGGCCGAAUGACAGGAAUUUUGACGAAAAUCUUCUUCGGAUCGAGCUACGUCGGAUUCGACAUCAUGGAUCAGAUUGACCCCAUUUUUGGGCCGCCUCUUAUGAUUAUUUUCAUAACGCUAACGGCCAUCCUCUUGCAGGGGUCACUUACUGGUAUGCUCUCAAAUAGCUUUUCUCGUGUCAUUACGCAGGCAAGAGAAGAGUACCUCUAUGUGUACAGCGUGUAUGUGCUGGAGGCAUCAACUAGUAACCGCCUGACUCAUUUCUACCCGCCAUUCAAUCUGAUUGCAAUGGUGAUCUUUCGGCCACUACGAUAUAUCCUUCCUAGAGUCGGCAAAUUCCGUGCGGGACGAAUCAUCCUUCUCCGUGCCACGCAUUUGCCGAUUGUUGGAGCAAUCAAGCUGUACGAGUACAUCCGACCAAACUCGCAAGAUGGCGAGUACACCAGUUUCAGGGGACCACGCGAGUCGAACAAGAGCAGUCGGCCUUCAAUGCACAAAAGAUCGUUGUCUGGUUAUAGUAGGCGACACGUUCCACUGUCGCAAGAGUCGACUCUUUUGAAAGCUGACGGAAAGAGACGGGAUGGGGAUGAUGUGGAGGAACCCAGGGGCGUGGAGGGUCAAAUCGCCGAACUGCAUCAGAAGAUUGACCAGCUUACGUCCCUAAUUAUAGCCAUGCGGGAGCAAAAUUCCUCUGUUGACGGCACACCAAAUGCGGCUUCAUGA